CCGAGGGCUCCCCGAGAGCUCCAAUAAUCCUGCAAUGAUUAGCAGGGGCCACGGGGUCACUGCGAACCACUCAGUAGCCCCGGGCGACUCCUCGAGAUCGUGAAUAGCUCCGUCCAGUCUGGGAAGCGAGCUGGACUGCUGAGCCAGGUUGAGCCCAGAGCCACCACCAGGCCCAUGCUGCGGCUGGAGCCCUUGCCCAGGCCUGGAGGCCACUGGCCUGGCCUCCUGCCCUUGCUCCUGGCUCUCCUUGGCACAACCUGGGCAGGGGUGCAACCAGUCCAGCUGCAGGAGCAGCGGGUUCCAGUGCCUGGAGUCCUGAGCAAGAAGGAGAGCUUCCUCCUCGUCUCCCUGCACAACCGCCUGCGAAGCCAGGUCCACCCGCCUGCGGCCAACAUGCAGAGAAUGGACUGGAGCGACAGCCUGGCCCGGCAGGCCCAGGCCCGGGCGGCCCUCUGCGGUGCCCCCGCCCCGAGCCCGGCCUCCGUCCCCCGGGCCGCCCGGCACGUGGGCUGGAACGCGCAGCUGCUGCCCGCGGGCUCCGCGACCUUCGUGCACGUGGUGGGCCUGUGGUUCUCCGAGGGGCGGCAGUACAGACACUCGGCGGCCGAGUGCGCCCCCAACGCCACCUGCGCCCGCUACACUCAGCUCGUGUGGGCCACCUCGAGCCAGCUGGGCUGUGGGCGGCAGCUCUGCUCUGGGGCCCAGGGCGAGCUGGAAGCCUUCGUCUGCGCCUACUCUCCCGGAGGGAACUGGGAGGUUAAUGGGAAGACCAUCGUCCCCUACAAGAAGGGCGCCUGGUGCUCGCUCUGCACGGCCAGCGUCUCGGGCUGCUUCAAAGCCUGGGACCAUGCAGGGGGGCUCUGCGAGGUCCCCAGGAACCCGUGUCGCAUGAGCUGCCGGAACCAUGGCCAGCUCAACGUCAGCACCUGCCACUGCCGCUGCCCCCCCGGCUACACGGGCAGAUACUGUCAAGUGCGGUGCAGCGUGCAGUGCGUGCACGGCCGGUUCCGGGAAGAGGAGUGUUCCUGCAUCUGUGACGUCGGCUUCGGGGGAGCCCAGUGCGCCACCAAGGUGCACUUUCCCUUCCAUACCUGCGAUCUGAGGAUCGACGGAGACUGCUUCACGGUGUCCUCGGAGGCGGACACCUACUAUGGCGCCAAGAUGAAAUGCCAGGGCAGGGGCGGGGUGCUCGCCCAGAUUGAGAGCCAGAAAGUGCAGGACAUCCUGGCCUUCUUCCUGAGCCGCCUGGAGACCGCCAACGAGGUGACUGACGGUGACUUUGAGACCAGGAACUUCUGGAUCGGGCUCACCUACAAGACUGCCAAGGACUCCUUCCGCUGGACCACGGGGGAGCAGCAGUCCUUCACCAGCUUCGCCUUCGGGCAGCCGGACAACCAGGGGUUUGGCAACUGUGUGGAGCUGCAGGCGUCGGCUGCCUUCAACUGGAAUGACCAGCGCUGCAAAACCCGCAACCGCUACAUCUGCCAGUUUGCUCGCGAGCAUAUCUCCCGCUGGGACCCAGGGCCUUGAGAUUCAGCCAUGCCCCUCCCCAGCCAGAGCCUGGGUGCACAGCCCCGCUGGCCCGCCUGCCCUCCUGCGUAGAACCAGGGCCUGGCUGGGACUGCGACCCAACA